AGUGGGCAAGGCAUGAAAUAGAUAGCCUAGGGCUCGGCUAUAGGCUAAAAUACCAUGCACAGCAGGUGGAUUACCUCAUUGCCGCGGGGGGUGAUGGUAAACGACAAUUCAGCUCACUCAUAUCGCCAUCAACACUCAGAGAGAAUGCUGCGUUGGAUGGCGGACAAAUUCAACCAUGGUUAGAUGGUUUGCGACCAUCAGAUCUGCAAUUUGUGCAUUCCGGUCGAUGAGUGCAGCCUACGAACGUUUAGGGAUGGCCACAACAUGGCAGAAAAUCCAACUGUUCUACCAAGGGGUUCUAGAUAAUGGAGACAAAAGAACUGACAGCUGGUUGCUGGUGUACUCACCUGUGCCAAUCACUUGCAUCUUCCUGUGCUACCUGCUCCUCAUAUGGGUGGGCCCCAAGCUGAUGGCUCAGAGACAGCCAGUCAACCUCAAGCCUGUGCUCAUCAUUUACAACUUUGCUAUGGUCUGCCUGUCUGCCUAUAUGUUCUAUGAGUUCACAGCGUCAUCCUGGUUGGCAAACUAUAGUAUAUUAUGUCAGCCUGUGGACUACAACACCAGCCCACUGGCAAUGCGGAUGGCCAAGGUCUGCUGGUGGUUCUACUUCUCCAAAGUCAUCGAGCUCAGUGAUACUCUUUUCUUCAUCCUGAGGAAGAAGAACAGUCAGCUGACGUUCCUGCAUGUCUACCACCACGGCACCAUGAUCUUCAACUGGUGGGCUGGGGUCAAAUACGUGGCAGGAGGCCAGUCCUUCCUUAUAGGCCUUAUCAACUCAUUGGUGCACGUGGUGAUGUAUCUAUACUAUGGGCUGGCAGCGCUGGGGCCUCACAUGCAGCAGUAUCUGUGGUGGAAGCGCUACCUCACUUCCCUGCAGCUGCUCCAGUUCUUCAUAGUGACCAUCCACACCAGCUACAACCUGUUCACUGACUGCGACUUCCCAGACUCCAUGAAUGCUGUGGUGUUUGCCUACUCCCUCAGCCUCAUCGUACUCUUCAGAAACUUCUACUAUCAGAGCUACCUCACCAAGAAGAGCAAACAGACAUGAGACACGGAUGUAGAGGCAAUUAUUACUUUUAUUAAAUUGAUAAUGUAUGUUUUUUAAAUAUUUAUUGACCCUUCACGUUUAAGUAAAGCAGGUCUCUAUCCGCUGGACAUAAGCUUCUGUUUGUUUCUGUUCCAGCCUCCCCUCCAACCAGGGUAACACACACACACACACACACCAAGAGAGAGCUAGCCCUCUCCCAUUCCCAGGUCAUUAGGGAUGAAGUCCCAGCCACGCUCUGGCGACUCUGCCAAAUU